AUGUCGUUGAAUCAGCUUCGCCAUGCUAUGCGCUGGUGGUUCUCAGCAUCGAAUCACGAAGUCAAGGUGGUUGUCUUGGCCAAGUUCCAUUUCGCUCGGGCCGAGGUUAUCCUCGAGAGGUGGGAGGAGGAAGAUCGGGACCACCAGGGACCCAUCACACGGAAUCGGGCGGCUGCCAUGGAGCGGUCUCCAGACGGCUCCAUUGCUCAGCCGGUUCUGCAGCAGACCAUCACCAUCUCGCGCGACACAACGGCGGACCCGGAAUCGUACCACGUCGCUGGACCAGCGACGCUGGUGGAGCGCUGGUGUUGA